UGGGUUGUCGAUAUCUGCAGUCGAACGCGAACUCCUUGACUGCCUCACUUAUUCUAGGAGAUAUAUUUAAUUUGAAAUCAAUCUUUUGUUAUUUUAACAAAUGCUAUAAAAAACAGUUAAAUUAUUUUCUGUAAAACAGAGUAGGGCCUGUCCAGGCUGCAAUGGAUUCGGAAACCGGCCAAAUUCCUGAAAAUUGCCUAACAACGGCAGGCGAUGCCGGCAAUGCCAACAAAAUGGCGUCCUCGUCGUCGAUAAAUAAAUCAAACUCGGAGAAGCAUGAGUUAAAAAUAAUGGAAGUCGAAGGAGCAAUGUCAACAGAAGCUACAUUAAUAAUUGAGCUGGAUGAUGACGAUGUUGACGAUAUAACCGUCCCAGUGUGCGAAUUACAGACUGCAAAUAUUGACAACGCUCAGGAUGAGAAAUCAGAGGAUCCGUUGUUAGAUGAGAAAGCUUCCACUAAAACGGAGCCCAGCAGUGAUGGCGAAAGUAACGGUUCAUACAAUGGGCCUGAUCCGAUGGGUUUGCUGGAACGCAUUGAUUCCGGCAAAGAGAUUGACGAUGAGUAUGACGAUGACGAGGAAAGCGUCGAUGAGGCAAGCAGCAGUGGUUCACGGCGCAGGAGCCUCAGUGAGCGCUGGCAAAUCUGGAUGAAACGAUACCCUUGGCUUCUGCACGAGGAGAGGGACGGCGAAUAUGCCUUUUGUCUGUACUGCAAUGUGGUCAUUAAUAUAAACAGAAAUCAAAAUUACAUACAGCAACACAAUCUAUCGCUUUAUCAUCAGGAGCGUGAGAAUAAUUAUUUGGCUUUUAAGAAUAGCGAUGAGUAUAAGCGGAGCGGCCUUGAUGACCAGGAGAUUAAGCAUGAGUUCGGUACGGAUAGCUAUGUAGCCGCCGUGAAGCAGAAGCGUGCCAACGAAGUCGAGAAGCUGAACAAUUUCAAUUGGCAGCGCUGGUUAGAUUGGCAUCAGUGGCUGGAGCGUAUUCAGAAUGAGGGCACAAUUGGUCUGUGCAAGUACUGCAAUGUGCGCAUGAACGUGGAGUUUCUUUACUUGCGCAAGCGGCACGAAACCAGCAAAGGACAUUGCGAGGCACAGCGUACGCAGGAGAAGCGCAAACGCAAACGCAGCGUUAGCCAAUCGGAGAAUCCAAUGGACACAUCACAUGAGGUAAAAGAAAUUGACAAAGCUUCUGGUGAAGAGACAAUUGUGAUGACUAUCGUUGGCGGUGGCGGAGAGUCCACGGAUCCCAGUGACUGGUGUGAACUUCUGCCAGAAACCAAUCCACAGCAGUGUCGUUGUACGCUCUGCGAAUGUCGCAUGGCCAUAACCAGCUUCAUGCGCCACCUGAAGACCAAAGUGCACUGCAAUAAUCUGAUGGCAUUUAAGCAGACACAGUUAUCGAAGAUGAAUCGCGGGAUUUGGUCACAGUAUGCGGAACAGCAUCCAUGGAUAGUUGCUGAUCCUAAUGACCCCACAAUGGCUUACUGUCAUGUGUGCAGCAGACGAUUUAUUUAUGGACAUUCCGAAAUCAAACGUAAAAACCAUGAAAAUUCGGAGAAACAUCAGGCUGCAAUGGCUGCAAUGGCGGCAACUGUGGCUGCGGCCUCAGAAGCCGUCAAAGGCGACGUGGGCGAACACAGUGAGGCAGAACAAACAGAUGCGCAGACAGAGGGUAGCGAUGAUGAUUAUAUUCAACAAGAUGACAAACUGUCCACCUCGCCAAAAAGUUCCGCUGAGCCUACGGAAGAGACCGAAUCACAGAAAGCCCAGGAUGUUGUGCGACAUUUUUCGUGGCUGCGCUACUCAAAGGAUCGUAAAAUACAGAUUUGCAAAUUUUGUCGCGUUCGGUUCCACAACGAUUCGAGCAAGGUGCGGCAUGAGCAAAGCGUACGCCACAAGAAGCUUGCGAAUCAGUUUAAGGCGCGACAAGCACAACGCCGUAAAGAAGCUCGAGAGCUGCGUAAGAUCGAAGAGGAGAACGAUAACGAAGAUCAGAGCAAUGCUGAUUCGUUACCAGCAACUGCUGAGGACUCGAAAUCAAUCAGCCUGUCCAAAGGCAGCUGCAAAACAUCACCGAAGCCAGCGUUCAAGCCUGUCCCGGCUACCAUGCAAGGCAAGGUAAUGUUAUGGAAGGAUCGCUUUCCUUGGCUCUCAUACAAGCGCAACGAAUCUCGACACAAUUACGGUUGGUGUAAACUGUGCGAAGUGUCCGUCUUCCUGCCCAGUUUUAAGUACGCUUCCAAGCACCAGCGCAGCUCGCGACACAUUCGCUUGCGUUUCGAGCGUAAACGAGUUGCGCGUAUGCUGCCAACAGAUGCUAUGGUAUCGGCCUCAACAUCGUCUUCACCGCUGGCAACGGGUGAAGCAAAACAUAAAGCAGCCAUGGCUGAGCUGCAGGCAAAAUAUGACUGGCUAGAGCCGGAUGCCAACGAUGAGAAUUAUUGUUAUUGCAAACUGUGUGAGACUCGGCUGCCCAUUAAGAUAUUCUUUUUGCGGCAGCACGAUGGAUCACGGAAGCAUCUGGAACAUUUGGAGCGGCUUAGAAAUUCUGGUGAGAUCACCACGGUGACAGCUAACGAUGCGGGUCGAACUGCAUCUAUCAUGGAUGUAGACCCGGAGAGCGAUGAUCUGAGUAUUAAUCCGCUUCUUUCUAGAUCUGAAUGCAGCAACGGGGAGCAGCCGCCAUCAAAACGGAUGCGGCGAUCGCUGGAGGUUCGUCGCAUAUUGCGUGCGUUGCGCGACUCUGUGGGCAAGCGAAAUGAUGAGCGCAGCCAGUUGGAUAUGGCCAAGGAUAUGAUAUGCUCCUCUUUUGACAUUGUAUCGCGUCUACGUACCUUAGAGCGUGAAAAUGAAUCAGCAAAAGAAGCCAAUACAUCCUCACAUAAUUGCUCACUUUCCAACGUUUCCGUUACACAGCCACGCGACACCAUGGAGCUGUUCUUCGAGAGCAUCACACAGACCAUGAAAGGUCUGCCUGGCGAUCUAGCUGCUGAAGGCAAGGCUAAAAUCAUGCAGAUUGUAUGUGAUCUGGAGUUGCGCGGCAUUCAACGCAACGCCUCUGUGCUGGCUGAGGCAGGUCCGGCGAAGGAAACAAGAGCGGAGUGUAUGCCUACGCAGAGUGAAUCUCGACGCGACUCGGUGCGUUUUAGUUUAGAGGAUGGGCCAUUGGAUCGACCUCCCGAUUCGUCAGAAUCGCUGUCUCAAUUCGUUGCAAUUGAUGACCUGUUGGACGAACAGUCGGCGCGGUCCAAACAGCCCUUGUCCAACAGCAAUCAUUCAGCGAGCAAUCAAGCAGAGCCCAAUCAAAACUCAACUAUAGGUGGGCAUACGAAAGCCACUGCUACAAAUAUUAAUGUUCCAACAUCAGCAUCUAGUAAUGGACGUGGUCAGGACACUGGAGUGGUCAAUGUACGUUGCUAUCUGAGCUCUUCGAAAGCGGAUGAUUCGUUGCGCGUUGUGCCCAUCAAUAAACUGACCACAGCGAAUGCCAAUUACAACAGUUCGAACAGAAAUGGUUCAAACCAGUUUAAUCCGCUAACUCAGAAAUCGAAUCAUGUUACAGCGAAUGCAGCUGUUAUGAAUACGCCGCCGAGUUCUAACUCCGAAUUGAGCAAUGGCAGUGCUACUUCCACGCCCAUGUAUCGGAGAAUUCGUAUCAAUAAUGGUGCCAACACCAAGGUACUAGAGUUUCAGAAAAUUGGACAGGAGCACCAACUGAGACUGCAGAAGUCCAUGCAACAGCAGAAUUUACAGAAUAAACCUCGAAACCCGAACUCAGCUGCCAGCACGCCGCUAAAGAGCCAAGACCAGGCACAACGUACAUUGCCAGUAAACCGCUCAGUGGUGCAACACAACAGAUCACCUCAUACAGACAAUACAUAAAAUCCAGUUGCACCUAUCGUUGAUAUAUACAAAUAGCAUAAGUUACGCCUUUUUCAGUCGCUGCUAGAAUGAAAAUGUCCAGGCGCUUUUAGUGAAUUGUAAAUGUUUGGACUGUUGUGCGAAAUGAUUUUUUAUAUUGAAAGGAAUCAUGCCUAUUAUGUCAUUACCAUAGCCAGAUUAUCUAUAUAUAUAUAU